CCGGUUGUAGCGCUCGGGAGUGGAUGGUAUAUAAAGGCGGGGUAGCGUCGCCGUGCUCACGUCCCCCGCCUUGUUGCAGCUAGCAAGAGGUGAAGGAUGACAGGCUUACCAAGUCCUGCAACAACGGCGCUCUGGAGUCUGGCGAUUGUCUUGCAGGUUCUUCUCCUCGUACGAGCUCAAGAUCUGAACGCGCUGCGCGAAGCGCUUGCUCAAGCUGGCGUGCAAGCCGUCUUUCCGGGAGACGAGACGUACGCGAAUGCUAGCGCGGCGUACAAUACGCGCUACACCAUCUACCCGGUCGCGGUCACCUACCCAUCGACCUCCGAGCAAGUCAGCGCCGUGGUCUCCGCAGGCGCCGCGCAAGGUCUCGAUGUCACCACUCGGAGCGGCGGACAUAGCUACGUCGCCGGAGGCCUCGGCGGCAAGAACGGAUCCCUCGUUGUCGACCUAGGCAGCUUCAAGUCCAUCGAGGUUGACGAGGAGACGGAUACGGUGACAGUUGGCCCAGGAGCGCGACUCGGGGACGUGGCGCGAAUCCUGAACGACUACGGGCGUGCGCUUCCGCAUGGGCGGUGUACGACUGUCGGUGUCGGAGGACAUGCCACUGGCGGCGGUUGGGGGCAUCACUCUCGGAUGUGGGGCCUCUUGCUCGACCGCGCCGUUGCAGAAACCGUGGUCCUCAGCAAUGGCAGCAUAGUGACCGCGUCCGAGGAAGAUAACGCUGACCUCUUCUGGGGUCUUCGCGGAGCUGGCGCAUCCCUCGGCAUCGUGACGUCCUUCGUCUUCGCCACCGAGCCUGUCCCGCCGCUAGGUGGCACCACAUUCCAGUACAACUGGAACAUGACCGCAGCGGAAGCCGCCGCCUCCCUUUCCACGUUCCAGGACUUCGUUCAGAGCGGCAUUCCCGCCACCCUCGGCGGCGAACUCAUCCUAUCCAAGGGCACCGUCCCCGGCAACAUCGGCGUACAGUUCAUGGGCGUACACUGGGACGAUCCGGCCACUUUCAACGACACCAUCGCACCGUAUAUGAGCCUCUUUCGGCAGCCCGAUAGCUCGAAUGUGACGUCGGGCGACUGGAUUACGGUGCUGGCAGCGUGGGCGUUCGGAAAUUUGGACACGAGCACGAUGGCCCCAUACAGCGACGCGUUCUACGCGAAAUCGCUUCUGACGCCUGAGAGGGAGGGAAUAAGCGGGAAAGCUAUCGAUGCGUUCGUCAACUACCUUGCGACGGAUGGUUUCGAUUCGGACGUGACCUGGUUCGCCGAGAUUGAGCUGUAUGGAGGAAGUAACUCUGCGCUCAACGCCGUUCCCUUGGACAAGACCGCAUUCGCCCAUCGCGACAAGCUGUUCAACAUGCAAUUAUACGCGACUACUGUCAGCUGGGAACCUCCCUUCUCAGAAGACGGACUCGCUUUUGUCGAUGGAAUGGCGAAUAGCAUCAUUCAGAAUGAGGCGGCAGUGGCCUUACGGCGCAUAUGUGAACUACCCCGAUGACAGAUUGGACAAUUGGCAGGAGCUCUUCUACGGUGAUCACUACGAGAGGCUUACUGAGUUGAAACGUACCUAUGACCCGCAGAACGUCUUCAACUUCCCUCAUUCUGUAGAACUCAGCAGCUGAUGAUAUAAUAGUAUAUUGAGAGUCUGUAUGCAUCCGCGAGGUAACCGAUGCUCUUCAUGGACCAUCAUGAUGAAAGAAGGA